GGCGGUCCUUCCGCCCCCGGCCACUGCGCAAUGCGGAAGAGAUGGGCCUGCUGGGGCGGAAGUGACGUUUCGGGCGACUCCGGCGGCGGCGGCGGCGGCUGCGGGAGGAGGCGGAGGAGGAGCCGGAGGAAGAGGGUUGCCUCUGAAGAAAGGAGAAUGGCGUUCAGCAAAGGAUUUCGGAUCUAUCACAAAUUGGAUCCUCCACCUUUCAGCGUCAUAGUGGAAACUAGGCAUAAGGAAGAAUGUCUCAUGUUCGAAUCUGGGGCUGUGGCUGUCCUCUCAUUGGCAGAAAAAGAGGCAAUCAAAGGUACAUACUCCAAAGUGCUGGAUGCAUAUGGACUCUUAGGUGUUCUGCGGUUAAAUCUUGGUGAUACCAUGUUACAUUAUCUUGUCCUAGUCACUGGAUGUAUGUCUGUUGGAAAAAUUCAAGAAUCUGAAGUUUUUCGAGUUACUUCCACUGAGUUUAUAUCACUUCGAGUUGAUGCUUCAGAUGAGGAUCGCAUUUCAGAAGUACGAAAAGUUUUGAAUUCAGGAAACUUUUAUUUUGCAUGGUCUGCAUCUGGAGUCAGUUUAGAUCUGAGUCUUAAUGCACACCGUAGCAUGCAAGAACACACAACUGACAAUAGGUUUUUCUGGAACCAAUCUUUGCAUUUGCAUCUCAAGCACUAUGGUGUGAAUUGUGAUGACUGGUUAUUACGCCUCAUGUGUGGGGGAGUAGAAAUCAGAACAAUUUAUGCUGCUCACAAACAGGCAAAGGCUUGCCUCAUUUCAAGAUUAAGCUGUGAACGAGCUGGAACCAGGUUUAAUGUCCGGGGAACAAAUGAUGAUGGUCAUGUUGCCAAUUUCGUUGAAACAGAACAGGUUGUAUACUUAGAUGAUUCUGUUUCUUCCUUCAUACAAAUUCGGGGAUCUGUUCCAUUGUUCUGGGAGCAACCAGGCUUGCAAGUGGGAUCUCAUCGUGUUCGUAUGUCAAGGGGAUUUGAAGCCAAUGCACCUGCUUUUGACAGGCAUUUUAGAACACUUAAGAAUUUAUAUGGUAAACAAAUAAUAGUAAAUUUGCUUGGAUCUAAGGAAGGUGAACAUAUGCUAAGUAAAGCUUUCCAGAGUCAUUUGAAGGCAUCUGAACAUGCUUCUGAUAUCCACAUGGUGAAUUUUGACUAUCAUCAAAUGGUUAAAGGAGGAAAGGCAGAAAAAUUACAUAGUAUUCUUAAACCUCAAGUCCAGAAGUUUCUAGACUAUGGGUUUUUCUAUUUCAAUGGAAGUGAAGUUCAAAGGUGCCAGAGUGGUACAGUGCGAACAAACUGCUUGGAUUGUCUUGAUAGAACCAAUAGUGUACAGGCAUUCCUUGGCUUAGAGAUGCUAGCUAAACAGCUAGAAGCUCUUGGCUUAGCUGAAAAGCCUCAGUUGGUGACUCGCUUUCAAGAAGUUUUUCGGUCCAUGUGGUCUGUGAAUGGUGAUUCGAUCAGUAAGAUAUAUGCAGGAACUGGAGCGCUUGAAGGAAAGGCUAAGGCUGGAAAGUUAAAAGAUGGUGCUCGUUCUGUCACUAGAACAAUUCAGAAUAACUUCUUUGACAGCUCCAAGCAAGAGGCCAUUGAUGUUUUGCUACUGGGCAAUACUCUAAAUAGUGAUUUAGCUGACAAAGCUCGAGCACUUUUAACUACUGGAAGUUUGCGUGCAUCUUCAAAAGUACUAAAGAGCAUGUGUGAGAACUUCUACAAGUAUUCAAAGCCCAAGAAAAUUCGAGUAUGUGUUGGAACCUGGAAUGUAAAUGGUGGAAAGCAGUUUCGCAGCAUAGCUUUUAAGAAUCAGACACUCACUGACUGGCUUCUUGAUGCACCCAAGUUAGCUGGCAUCCAAGAGUUUCAAGACAAAAGAAGUAAGCCAACUGAUAUAUUUGCAAUUGGUUUUGAAGAAAUGGUAGAGCUGAAUGCUGGAAACAUUGUGAAUGCAAGCACAACAAAUCAGAAGCUGUGGGCUGUAGAGCUUCAGAAGACAAUCUCCAGAGACAAUAAGUAUGUGCUGCUGGCUUCUGAGCAGUUGGUGGGCGUCUGCCUGUUUGUUUUUAUCAGACCACAGCAUGCUCCUUUUAUCAGGGAUGUUGCAGUUGAUACUGUGAAGACUGGGAUGGGAGGAGCAACUGGAAAUAAGGGAGCAGUUGCCAUCCGCAUGCUUUUCCAUACCACCAGCCUUUGCUUUGUCUGUAGCCACUUUGCUGCAGGGCAAUCACAGGUCAAAGAAAGAAAUGAAGAUUUUGUAGAAAUAGCACGGAAACUGAGUUUUCCCAUGGGAAGAAUGCUGUUUUCUCAUGACUAUGUAUUUUGGUGUGGUGAUUUCAACUAUCGAAUUGAUCUCCCUAAUGAAGAAGUUAAAGAGCUCAUAAAACAGCAAAAUUGGGAUUCUCUUAUAGCAGGCGACCAACUUAUCAAUCAGAAAAAUGCUGGACAGAUUUUUAGAGGAUUUUUAGAGGGGAAAGUAACCUUUGCUCCGACCUAUAAGUAUGACUUGUUUUCUGAUGACUACGACACCAGUGAGAAAUGCCGCACCCCUGCGUGGACAGACCGAGUCCUCUGGAGGAGGAGGAAGUGGCCUUUUGAUAGAUCAGCUGAAGAUUUAGACCUUCUAAAUGCCAGUUUUCAAGAUGAAAGCAAAAUCCUUUACACGUGGACUCCUGGUACUUUGCUGCACUAUGGAAGAGCCGAGCUGAAGACUUCUGACCACAGGCCUGUUAUUGCCCUGAUUGAUAUAGAUAUAUUUGAAGUUGAAGCUGAAGAGAGGCAAAACAUUUAUAAAGAAGUCAUUGCAGUUCAGGGUCCACCAGAUGGUACAGUAUUGGUCUCCAUCAAAAGUUCUUUGCAAGAAAAUAAUUUUUUUGAUGAUGCUUUGAUUGAUGAACUUCUGCGUCAGUUUGCAAGUUUUGGUGAAGUUAUACUUAUAAGAUUUGUAGAAGAUAAAAUGUGGGUUACAUUUUUAGAAGGAAGCUCUGCCUUGAGUGUUCUGAGCCUAAAUGGUAAAGAGUUAUUGAAUCGGACUGUAACUAUUACUUUAAAAAGUCCAGACUGGAUAAAAAAUUUGGAGGAAGAAAUGAGCUUAGAGAAAAUUAGUGUCACAUUGCCUACAUCAACAAGCUCUACUCUACUUGGUGAAGAUGCAGAAGUUGCAGCAGAUUUCGACAUGGAAGGUGAUGUCGAUGACUACAGUGCCGAAGUAGAGGAGCUUCUUCCUCAGCAUCUUCAGCCAUCCUCAAGUUCUGGUCUUGGCACUUCCCCAAGCUCUUCACCAAGGACCAGUCCCUGCCAGUCACCUACAAUAUCAGAGGGUCUUGUGCCUUCCCUUCCGGUCAGACCCAGUCGGGCACCAUCAAGAACUCCUGGGCCCCCAAGUUCCCAGAGUUCUCCUGUUGACACUCAACCAGUAACUCAGCUGCAGCAAAAAGAUUCUUCCCAGACCUUAGAGCCCAAGAGGCCACCUCCUCCCCGCCCAGUUGCUCCUCCCUCACGCCCCGCACCCCCACAGAGACCACCACCGCCUUCAGGGUCUAGGAGUCCUGCACCUGCUAGAAAAGAAUUUGGAGGUAUUGGAACCCCUCCCAGUCCUGGGGUAGCUAGGAGAGAGAUGGAAGCACCCAAAAGCCCUGGAACUACACGGAAAGAUUCUUUAGGACGCAAUCAGCCUUCGCCUCAAGCAGGACUUGCAGGCUCAGGUCCUGCUGUAUAUGGCGCAGCCAAACCGACAAUUCCGCCCAGAGCUGGAGUGAUCAGUGCCCCUCAGAGCCAUGCUCGGGCAUCUGCUGGAAGACUGACUCCUGAAAACCAAAGCAAAGCACCAGAUGUAUCAAAAGGUUCAGCCGUUCUUCCAGAACCUCUGAGGCCGCAGGCUGCUUCUCCACUGCAGCCUUCUCUGCCUCCACCUACUCAGAAGUUGCAGGAUCCUCUUGUUCCCAUGGCAGCGUCUAUGCCUCAGUCUGGCCCCCAGCCAAAUUUGGAAACCCCACCACAGCCCCCGCCUCGGAGUAGGUCAUCCCAUAGCUUGCCUUCAGAAUCUUCGCCACAGGUGCAAGUAAAAACAAAUGGAGUCUCUGGUGUCAAACAAGAGCCACUAUUCAAGAGUGACCCAUUUGAAGAUCUGUCAUUUAAUCUGCUUGCUGUAUCACAGGCUCAGCUACCUGUUCAGAUGUCACCUGUUCUAACCCCAGACCCAGAUAGUCUAAUUCAGUUGCCUUCUGCAACACAAAGCAUUGUUAACACUUUGAGUUCUGUAAGUUGCAUGCCAACCAUGCCUCCAGUUCCAGCCAGGAGUAAAUCGCAGGAAAGUAUACAGAGUGCUCAAAACCCAUUUACUGCUAGCUCGACCAGCACAAACCCUUUCUCUGAUAGGACUGCUGCUUCCGGAAACCCAUUUAGAGCCCAAUCUCAAGAAUCAGGAACAACCUCAUGGUUCUCCAAACAAGAGCCUAAUACUAACAGUCCUUUUCCUCCGCUCAUGCCUCUGGGUCAAAACAUAAGCAGGCCUUCAUGUUCCCAUGAUAGUUUUAAGGACAGUUUUGAUCCCCAGGGCCAGUCUGCAGUCCAAGCAGGCAACCCAAAAGGAUGGGUAACCUUUGAGGAAGACGAUGACUUUGGUGUGAAAAAGAAGUCAAAGUCAUCCUGUCCCAAUUUCCUGGGUAAUCCGCCAGGGUCAUUUGAUGAUGACUGGAACAAAGGUACAAGUGUGUCUUUCUGUGUGUUGCCAGCCAGGAGACCGCCUCCACCACCUGUCCCUCUGCUCCCGCCUGGCACCAGCCCUCCAGCAGAUCCUGUCACAGCCUUGACAGCUAAGGCGUCUCCCACAAUAGACUUUACAGAGAGAUAAUGUUAUAUGGCAGAAAGGAGGUUUUGUGGUCCCUUUGUUUUUUCAUUUGAGCAAGAGAAGAGCCAAAUGAAUUGGGCAUUAGAUAUUCAUUAUGUGCAAUAAGUAAUUGUAAAGCGCACUGAUAUCUUCAUAAAACACCACUAUUUUGUGUAUACGAAAGUUGGAAUAUGUGUAUAUUAGAAAUAAGGAAAGAUGCUUCUCGUUAUAUUAACUGGAGUUAUGGUGUGUUUCUCUUCAGAUGAAUAGGAGACAGGAGUAGCCAUAAAAAAGUGCUUUUAAAACUAGUCUAGAAGAUGGUCCUUACCAGAAAUUCCUUUUCAGUCUUUGAAAAAUUACACACAAAAAAAACCCCACAUCUCUAGCUGACAUACUACUGUCAGCCCUUAGGAUAAUUACAAUUGGUAUUCAUGAUUUACCAAAGAGCUGCCACAUUAUAGUGAAACAGUUUUCAAAGGCAUUGUGUUAACAAAGAUAUAUGUAUAUAUCCACAUUCAUAUUACAUAUUUACAUAUAAAAAUUCUAUAUAAAAGUCAAAAUUUACCUAAAAGUUCUUUUUUUUAAAGUCCUUCUUUAAUAUCUCAUUACCAAAAAGAUGGUUACCAGUGAUUUGAACAUUUAAUUUGUUUUCCCAACUGUAGUAACCUCACUACAGAACCAGAAUGUUCUACUAUUCAAAACCCAGCCCUUCUCAAAUACACGCACGCUUGUUAUUUUCUGCUCCAGCCCCUCUACAUAUUUUUCCCCAGGAGGAGGUUCUUAGAGCUGGCAGCAGCAUGUCUGUUUUCUCCAUCAUUUGGACAGAUACUCUGGCCCUCUCCAAACAGUAGGACGGCCUCAUGCAGGGAAGGUUCACACCACGGAGUCCAAUGAGAAACAGUAGUGCUCAGUGGACUCUGGGUUCAUUGAGGUUUUCAUUGCCCAGUUCCCGUCCGCAGUUUCCUUUUUGCUGCUUUUUCUCUGGAACUUCGCUUGUCGCAGGGAAAGCAGCCGUCGCGAGUGCUUUGGGUCAGGAACCUACCCACUGUAUGGCCUCUCCCACUUAAGGGGCCACUUAACACAUCUAUGAUGCUGCUUUAAGUUUUUAGAGGCUAUACCUCAAAUUCGCUGUGGAUUUUAUCUCCUGUACUGCCAAUAUGCGACUGAUCCUGCUAUUAUUAAUUUUAUGAAGACAUACAAAGAAUUUUUACAAAGUGUAGUAUUUUGAUAUCAUUACGUAAACCAAUCAGAAAACUCCUUAAACAGUAGUUGUUAUCAUUCAUUCUAAGUUAAAAUCAUCUCUAGCCAUUAAUAUUUAAUUAACAUUCUUUUUAUAUAAAAAGUUAUGUCUAUCCACCUAAAUUCCUAUAUAUCCACGUUUAACCUUUAAAGUUGUAUAUUAGGGCAAUAUAAAAAAUAUAUUUAAAAAAAAAAAGAGUCCAUGGCUAAGAACAUAAAAGCACAGAAAACUGCAUCGCACUCCCAACCUAAAGCAGAUCUAUUAAGAAAAAAAGCACUUUUGUAAAUGCUCAAAUGUUAUCAAAAUACUAUAUUUAUAGAUAUAAUUCUGUCAACAGCCAGGAAUUGCUGUUAGAAAUAACUUGUGAGUUUUAUAUUGUGCUCUUUGGGGUUCUAAUCAUUUCAGCUGUAGUAUGUUUUAAACAGCAGUAUUACUAUAAGCAGUGUGCUUCAAAAUGUGAAUUAACUUGUUGAAACUGUGGCUUUAACAUCUUAUGUGAUUAGUGUAUUUUCUCUCCAUUAGCAAAAGAAUUCAUUGUUAGUUAACUUCAGUAGUACAAGUUGCAGUUCUGUGAGCAAUGUCUCCUAUUGGAUAUAAACUACUAUCUACAGUACGCAUAGCAGCAGCAGCAGCUCAGGCUUUGUCAGGAAAAUUAUAUUUGGCAAGUUGCUAAAAAUGCCCAGUUAUGAAAGUUAGAGGUAUGCUGCCAUUAACUAGCCAUCAUUCUGUGUAUUAUUAAAUACUAGUUCUAUUCGAAGCAGAGCAGAAAUUAGACACUAAGGAUCUCUGUGAAUUUUUUGUUCUCUAUAGUAGAUUGCUGUUUAUAUGUAUGUAAGAAUUUUAUUGCUUAUGUGGCAUACAAUAUUUAUAACUAUAUACUUUAUAGAAGUACAGUAUUAAAGUCGGUGGUAUACAGACAUUCUGUACAUAUCCUGUGAAAUGUGCUGUCACAUGAAAUAAAUAUACCUGUCUUUACAAUACAGACUGCUUUGCUUAAAGGGAA